UUUUGUUAUAUAAGAGGGAAUCAUAUUCAAGCGAACAUCCUGUAAGUGUCAGAACUGAAAACGCCCUUGUUACUGAAAUUACAACUGUUAUUGACACCAGGCCCAGCGAACGCCAGGUCCUGGAAUGCACUUAUCUAUGACGUCAUUGAUAGGUUGAACACCACCUCCACAGAAAAAUAUCAACGACUACUUCUCUAGCCCCGCCCACUGGUUUGCGCAUGACAGUACUGAAGUAACACAAGUUGCGCGGAACCAGAUAGAGCGAGCAAGCAAUAAACAUGCUGUUAAAGAUCGCAAAAUAUUGUGGAGUCAGUCCCUGGUUGUGGAAGAACACAGUCGCUGCAUAACCUUCCUUCGGAUUCCGACAUUAGUAAUGUGUGGUUGAAGUUUAUCUUUAGAGGUUCCAGCUCACGUGGGUAAAACAUUACCGCGGAUUCCUUUGUGAACAAGGCACAGGUUGACGAUGGAUUUGAGGAGAGACUAAAAUUAAAAAGCAGUGCUGUGCCGUCAAUAUUGGAUCCGAUAGAAAAGGAGCAGCAAUCUUAUGUGAGUACAACAUUUUUGAACAUUGCGUCACUAUUGCUUUGUUAGAGAUUGCUUGAUAUGCCCUGUGUAACCUAACAUUACGUCUCUAACCAAAUUCACAGCAGGCUCCAACUAAGUUUACUACGCAAACUGCUAUCCAAUCAUAGCAGUGGGCGUUUACUUCCAAGUCUUCAUGGCAGAACGCCCAUUCAAACCGAUCGUUUGUCAAGCCGGCCUCAAAACCCGGAUUGCUCAGAAGUAUGACCCACAGAAGGAGGAAGAGCUGCGGUACUGGAUCGAGGAUGUUACUGGCAUGUUGAUUGGAGAAAACUUUCAGCUGGGUCUGAAAGAUGGAAUCAUACUGUGCGAGCUCAUUAAUAAACUUCAACCAGGCUCCAUAAAGAAAAUCAACCAAUCCAAACUUAACUGGCACAAGCUUGAGAACCUGGGCAACUUCAUCAAAGCCAUUCUCACUUACGGUCUGAAGCACAAUGACAUCUUUGAGGCCAACGAUCUGUUCGAGAAUGGGAACCUGACUCAGGUCCAGACCACACUCCUUGCCCUAGCCAGCAUGGCGAAAACCAAAGGUAUGGAAACGAAGGUGGACAUUGGUGUGAAGUAUGCGGACAAGCAGUCGCGCCACUUUGACAAAGAGAAAAUGAAGGCUGGUCAGUGUGUGAUUGGGCUACAGAUGGGGACAAACAAAUGCGCUAGCCAGGCUGGGAUGACCGCUUACGGCACCAGAAGACAUCUCUAUGAUCCGAAGACUCAAACAGACAAACCCUUUGACCAAACCACGAUCAGCCUGCAGAUGGGCACCAAUAAGGGAGCAAGCCAGGCCGGCAUGCCAGCUCCCGGCACCAGGAGGGAUAUCUUUGACCAGAAAGUAGCACUCCAGCCAGUGAACAACUCCACCAUCUCACUGCAAAUGGGCACUAAUAAGGUGGCGUCUCAGAAGGGCAUGAGUGUAUACGGGCUUGGCAGGCAGGUAUACGACCCCAAAUACUGCGCCUCGCCCACUGAGCCCUCCAUCCACAGCAACGGCAGUCAGGGCACCGGUACCAAUGGCUCGGAGAUCAGCGACAGUGACUACCAGGCCGAAUACCAAGGGGAAUAUCACGAUGACUACCAGGCAGUUUACCAUGAUGAAUACAGAGGCCACUCUGACCACGGCACUGAUUAUUAAACUGCUCGAGAGGAAUAUUUUUGGGUCCUUGCAUCAACAGAGCACAAAGGCUUUUCCCCCUCGCUGGCCAUUUUUUGAAAUGACAAAACAGAAACCGAUGUUUAAAAUGGAGCCUUUCCUUUAUCAUCAUUCCACUAUUGGGUUACACUGUAUUUUUUAGGUAGCUUGAGAAUGGAGUAAAAAAAAUUUAAUGAAUUUUUUAAAAAGUUGAGGUGGGUUGGUGAAACAGUGCAUGUAUUUAUCAAAUGUCAAUUAUGACAUCUCGAGCCCAAUCUGUAUCCCUACUCUUUGUAUGUCUCCAUUGAGCAUGGUGCUCUGAAUCUGAUGUUGGAUUUGGUUAAAGGGAUACUUCACUCAAAAAUGAAAAUUCUGUCAUCAUUUACUCACCUUUGAGUUGUUCCAAAUCUCUAUAAAUUUGAUGAACACAGAGAAAGAUAUUUCUAUUAAUGCUUAUAACCAGACAGAUUUUGCCCCUCCAUUGACUACUAUAGUAGGAAAAAGUAUAACGGUAGUCAAAAGUGCCCCAGAACUGUUUGCUGUCCUACAUUCUUCAAAAUAUCUUCAAAAAAAUGAUAAAAUAAUUUUAUCUACUAUGGGAGUCAAUGGAGUUCAAGAACAUGUUUGGUUAUAAGCAUUCUUCCAUAUAUCUUUCUCUGUGUUCAUCAAAACAAAGAAAUUUAUAAAGAUUUGGAACAACUCGAAGGUGAGUAAAUGAUGACAGAAUUUUCAUUUUUGGGUGAAGUAUCCCUGUAAGCAUGGUAAUCUCAGUGCUUUUGAACUCUGUACGCAGCAUUUAAUAAAUUGCCAUACUGCCUACUGUGCACCAGGGGAGGGAGCAGACAUCCAGAAAGACCGUACGGUUCCCAGGCUGAUUUAAGCAUUGGAGAAUUUUUUUUUUAGUAUUUUAUGUGUAUUUUUACUUCUUGCUUUUAAAUCAUUUGACCAAGCCAUGCAUUGCUAAAUUGUGCCAUAGGUCCUGUAUGUGUUCACACGUCCAAACUCCUGUUCCCUGCCCCCUCUUACCCAUCUUGUAUUUAUUGCCAAAAAUGCUCAAUAGACACCCCUGUUCUGUUAAAUUGCUCUUUUUUUAUAAAUAAAGUUUUUAAAAUUUUCAAUCAAUUUGGUUGUUGUUCUGGCUAAAUCAUGUCUUUAGUUUUAAAGCUGUUACUUUGGUCUUCAAUGUUUUCUUUCUGGCACUUGAUGUAAAAAAACGGAUGAAGAUGCAUCGGUGGAAUCUUUAUAUCAUCUCUGAGCCAUCCCGGAAAUGAUGAACCCUUACAGCUGAACAAAGGGGUAUGAGUGAGUCUGAAUGGUGCCUUGUGUAUAGGAAAACUAAGUUCUGUGAUUGAGAAUGUCUAACCGAGUCUGGAUGAUCUCAGCAGUAGUGAAGCCUAGAGAACAAGGACUCGCCAGUCUAAUGGGUUCAUGAGAAAAGCACCAUGUCUCCCCCACCUCCUCCCGUAAACACGCUGGUGCUGAAUAAUCCCUGCUUUGUGUGCCUGUGGAAUUUGGCUCUGAUAAUGCGGCACUCAAUUAGACAGGUCUCCCCUAGCAACGUUCUUUUUGUAUCUCAUGUGACUAUAAGCAGAUUGAAAACCUAUACCUGUUAUGGAAAGAGCUUCUUGGUGGAUUUCCUUGCUGUGUGUAAUUUUAACCAAAACUUAAAAUAUAAUUUAUUGCUGAUGUGUUUGUCCGUAAAGUACGUAGUCUAAUGGGAGAGAUUUCUUUUUAUCAGGCUCUGUUCACAAGAUGCAGGGAAAUGAUCCUUAUAAAGAAAAUACAGGUUUCAUGUCUUUUCCAAGAGCUCUAAAGAUAUUUUUUUACACAUUAUAACUUUUAAUACCUACAAGAAUCAAAUAAAGGAUACAGACAAAGACAAAUCAAGUUAUAUAAUACAAUUUCCCUCAUAAAGGUUAGACUUGGAUAAAAAUACCUAAUGCUGCUCUUUCAUCUAAUGAAAAUAAAAGCCGUGGGUUGUCCAAACAUGAUAAAACUAUUCUGCCUGACAUCUCGUUUUUUACAAUUUAGAAGAAAUUUUGUGGAAGAGAUUAAGAAUGAAGGGGAUUGAGUAAACUAACUUAUUAUUUGGGUGAACGUUCACUUUAAGACAGAAGUUCAAAAAUGAUGCAAGGCAGCUCUGCAAGUAUCUUCUAAUGACAUCAACCAAAUGUUUUUUUUUAAUUGUAUGGAAAAUAACUCUGCAGAGAAGAACAGUCAUUUCUGUAGCUUAAGAUAUGUAGUUUUAAACUAAAUAUUCGUUUAUGUGGUGUGAAAUUUAAAAGCAGAUAAAUGAUUUUGAUAAACACCAGAGUUGUGCGUUUCUCUGUCUGAUAAUGUCCCUCUCAAACGCAGCGCUAUUAUUUUGCUUCAGAAACCUCAAGAGCAUCUCUGAAAGCAUUGAAGUAACUCUAAACCUGAAAAAGUUGAAUGCCUGUGGAAUUAGCUGCUCCUCUUCAAUUACAAUAGCAGAACUGUACAUUCGCCAACCAUUCUUAAGUCAUCUCAAUGAGUCUUUACACAGUGUGUGAAUACAUCACAGCAGGCCUGGCUUCACGUAAAAGAGGCUAAAUUAGUUUUUUACCUCCUGAUGAAAACUUUCCACUUGUGGCUCAAGGAGAAUUUCAGCUGUAUGCUUCUGCUGUCGGGGGACGUAGACUGGAAAAUGUGUGUCACUCUGAGCCCCCUUCUCUCUUUUUAUGUCUCCUUUCUCCUCAGUAUUGAAUUUUAGGCUUUGGACAGAUAUGACUAAGUUUUCUGCUUAUUAAUCAUAGAAUAGCAACUAAAUGAAAACGUCACAAGACUGCCACAAUAUCAGAUAUUAUUUUGAUAUUCAGGCCAGGUUUCACAGACAAGGCUUAAGGCUAGUCCCAGACUAAAAUGAAUGUGUGACCUGUCUAAACUGAAUGUAACUUACCCAGAAAUAUCUUAAAAUAUAUCAGUGCCAUUGUUUUGUCACAAGAUGCUCACCAGUAAUGUAUUCUUCUAAGGUAUUUUUAUAAACGCGACAUAAAUAUCUUAAUUCAACUAAGGCAUAGUCCUGGCUUAAGAUAAACUGUGUCUGUGAAACCGGGCCCGAUUGCAUUUUUAAGGAAAAACAAUAUUGGUCAAAUUCAUCUUUAAUUUAGUUUAUUUUGUGUUUUUUCUUUUUAGGCCAAUGAAUACCACUCAAAAUGUGUGUGUAGUGAGGCAGAGAGAGAGAGAGAGCGAGAGAGAGAGAGAGAGAGAGAGAGAGAGAGAGUUUGUAACCAUUGUGACUCUUAAGGCAAAUGUUUAAACAAGUUCUUAAUUAUUUUGCGAUAUUAUGUGUAAAAUUAACGCAAUAAUCGAUAAUCAUGGUUUUUAAUACAACAGUUAUUGUCAAUAAUGGCAUAUUGUGACAGCCCGAAUUGUACAUUGACUUUUUGUGUAGUUUGUUAAUGUUAUGUAAUAAAUGUAGAUUUAAAUGUG